GCGGCUCGACGAGUCAAUGACUUGCCAACGGCAAUUCGAAUUUUCGAAGGACUAAAAGAAAAGGUUGAGAACAAGACACAGUACCAGGCUUAUCUAGAUGAGCUCAAGGUUCUUAAAGAAGAAUUAGGGGUGCCAACAAAGGAAGAGCUUUACGGUCAAACUCUUUAGUAGGAUCUUUCAUCGCUCCCGAUUUGUGCUGCAUUCUUUUGAUAUCAUCACAUAUAGAAAUACACAAAAUUCGACACAGCAUGUGUAAAUUUCUUCUAUUGCCGAAGCUUGACGCUCUUCAUGAUUAGAUUAUUAGUGUGCCUCGAUCGAAGCAUGGCUACCAAGUUGGUGAAGAGACGCCGUACGUUCGUCAGAGUUGUACGUACAAAAGCUAGUCAGACCAAUUCAUUUCAUCAUCAUC